UAGAAGAACUCUUAAAAGAUAAUAAGCGAUACUUUUUCUUACACAAUACAUAAAAAUAUUAUAUAUAAAGAAUAGAAAAUUUGGCAAACAUGUUGUCUAAUUUACUUUCGCUCGAUAACAAAUGCUUGGAGAGAAUUUGCAGUUUCCUAAGCACACGAAGUCUAGUGCGAUUUGCGAAAGUAUGCCCACGUUUAUAUGAUAUUGUUCAAGGACACUGCAUAAGUCGUUAUAAAACAUGUGAAUUUUUUAAUGUAAGCAAGAUGACUUUACCCGAAAUAGUUAGGUUUUUCCUCCUCGCUGGCGCCGGUAUUGAAUCCUUGGAACGAUAUGCAGCAAUUAAACAUCGUGAUAUUGUGAUUGAUUUAAUGGCAACGUACUGUCCACAGAUGAAGACACUGGUUCUGAUUAAUUGUGAUUUGGAUGAUAAUUCAAUGAGUAUUCUGAAAAAUCUAAAAACCUUACAGACACUAACACUCGCCUCGAGUGCUAGGCUAACAGGUAAACACAUAAAUAACUUGGUGCACCUUACGCAUCUGAAUUUAUAUAACUGCAGCAACAUGAGGACAUCACAUUUGAUUCAAAUAUUCAAAGACGUACCCAAUUUAAGGGCACUUGAUAUGCGUGAAUGUAGACAGAUGACGCCGGAACUUUUCACCGAAAUGGUCAAAUACUGCAAGCAGCUUGAAGUGUUGAAGACUUCGUGCCCUGAAUUUCCAUAUUCAUGUGUAGCCAUAUUGCCAAACCUAAAAGAGCUCGUUUUGUCGGAGUACAUACCAGGUGCUACGACACAGAUAGUUUUGUUACAGGAAUUGGUCGCAAACAAGGCUAAGCAAUUGGAGGUUUUGGAAAUAUAUUCAGAAAACUCGCUGAACUUUGAACAUGUUUCGCUAAUCUCAAAACUGAAGCAUCUAAAAGUCCUCAAUGUCGCCAAUAAUCAGGUAGUUAAUGACGAUGCUCUUGUAAAAUUUGGCAAGUUGAAACAACUCGAAGUGUUAACAAUAAGACGUUGCGUUUCAAUAACCAACCAAGGAGUUUUGAAGUUGUUGCAAAGCUGUUCACUACUCUACCGCUUAAAUGUGCAAUAUUGCACAAAAAUAACAAAUGAGUUUGUUAUUAAUGUGAUUCCAGUUCUAAGUGAUAACAGAAGUCACAACCGAAAAAAGCCAUUCCUACUACUGGUAGAUCCCGAACUUCUAGAUGAGAAAACCCUGGCUUUGUUCAAACAAUAUACAAUCGCUGUGAAAGAGUUUCUCAUCAAAAUAGAUACGGAAAUGUCUGAAUCCGAUUUGGCUUAUGGACCCUACUGGAAAAAGAGGCCUCUUUCUGAUGGAGAAGAUAGUGAUGAAACGUCUCGCGAUUAAAUUUAUUUUGCAGCUUUUAGUAACUUUCAUAGUAGUAAAGCUAGUGUUACUCUUUACUAAAGAUUUUAAUGUGGAAAAAUAGAAAAAAUUCAUGCGGCCAUGUUAAAAAAUAC